UCUUGUAUGCAGUGCAGUGCAACACUUACUGAAUAGUAAUUGCUAUAUUUCUAGCAAAAGAGUGCUCAAUCUUGAACUUUCUAUAGAGACUCAUUGACUCCUAAUGUUACAUAAGACAGACAGUAGUCCAUAUUUGACCUUAAGAACAUAUAUAUGGCCCAAAAGCUCUUGAUCUUGAACUUUCUAUACAUAUUCAUUGACUCCUCUGAUUUUUGUUUGUCAGCCAUACAGAAUAUUAGACCUACUUUUUUGUUUUUUGGUCCCAAGACUCCUCGAUCAUGAAUUUUGUAUACAAAAUACUGAACAUAUUACUGACAAAUUAGUCCUCAAUCAUGAACUUUUUAUACAAACUCAUUGACUCCUUCUAAUAAUAAAAUCAGCCAUAGAGUAUUGCAUAUUUGACCUAAUUGUACAUAUUCUUGGCCAAAGAGUAUUCGAAUUUCAACUUUUUAUAUAUACUUACAGACACCUUAUGUCACAUCAGCCAUAUAGAAGUGUAUAGUUGACCUACUGAACAUAUUCCUGAGCCAUGAGUACUCGAUACUGAACUUUCAAUACAGACUCGUUGACUCAUUCUGAUGUUACUUCAGCCAUAUGUCAACCAAUUUUUGACCUACUGAACAAAUUUCUGGCGAAGUAGUCCUUGAUAAUAAACUUUUUAUAUAAACUCAGAGUCCUUCUGAUGAUACAUCAGCCAUAGAGUAUUGCAUAUUGGACCCAAUGGACAUAUUCCUGGCCAAUAAGCCCUCGAUAAUGUACUUUCUAUACAUACUUAUUGACUCCAUCUAAUGUUACUUCACCCAUACUACAGAAGUCCAUAUUAGAUGUAGUGAUUUUGGAUUCGCCUCACAUGAGGGCGCCACAAAUGUAGUUAUUUAUGGUCUUAAAUAUUAAUAUUAAUAUUUUGUAUUAAUAUUAAUAUUGAGUCAGAUGAUUCCUUCCAAUAUUUCGGGGCACCAGUCAGGAUUCUCACCUUGACAAUAAAGAACAAUCAUGAAAGAUUGUUGUUUGAAUUAUAAUUUUAUAAAUUGGAGGAAGUUUAUCAUCUGACCAAUCUGAAGGAUUUAGUGAGAUUAGGGCGAGCUUGUAAAGCCUCUGAUUAUCAACACAAAAAUGACAGUUUGCAAUAAAAUGAAUUUAUUAACAAAAAGAUAUACAAGAGUAAAACAUCACACUCACUAAAUACUACGAAGGAAAAUGACUAAACUACUAAGAAAAUUGAAUCAAUAAUCAAACAGAAACUACAAACUACAACACAAAUGGAUGUUAACAAAACUGAAUGCCAAGUAGAUGAGUAACGGAUUGGACGAAGCAAUGAAUGGGUAAUUAUCAGUCUAUGAGGGAGUCAAUUGUGGUCUUUCUGGAUGCUGGUAUUAAAAAUAGUAAAUAAGCAUUUACUAUGAAUACAGAUAACGUGUCUAAUGUAUCUAUCUGUGUACGCUGACCCUAGAUAAACAGUCUCUACACAAAUAGCAAUCUCAUUUAGCAACAACCUAAUGCCAAGGCCUUUGGGAAAAGGUUUGGUUAGCUCAUAUUUACGUUUCACUUGGUCGGGUGAUCAGUCCGGGAAUGGGAAACGUUGUCCACUGGUAUCCUUCCGUGUGCAGUGGGAGACUGGAUUGCUUUCCAACAGCUGCACUGAGUGCUGGAGGUCUUUGUGUAAUCCAGAGAACUGUAGGUCAGAUGGUGGUCGGUCCAUAGGAUCUUCUGUAGGUUGGAGGUACUUGAGUUAUGCAGGUCGGGAGUCAAAGUCCUCUGCAGAAGCACUCGGGCUGCUUGAAGAUCCGUGCGGUGAAAGGUUUACUCGCAAGAGUCUCACCUUGGUCGUGCUGUUGUUCUUCCCUCGUCAGGUCAGAAACUCAGAACGAGGGUUUGUUCAAUUGGGGAAGCUUUUAUUCCUUCCUGUUGGGGAGGGGAUUACAAAUCCCCACCUUUCCUGAUGUGGUGAUGUGAUUGGGUCACAGCAUUCCAGGUGUCCGUCCCUUAACACGCCCACCUUUCAUCCUGUGAAACUUGUUGUAUUGUCCCAAAAUACACAGUUAAAUAAAACAAUGUCUUUAGGACCUUGGAAAUGCUUUAUUUCUUUUUCAAACCUUUCUCAAAGUCCUUGUGGCAGUGUUCUGAACUCGUAGAGUCCAAACUUGAUGUGAAUUGGUUGAGGUAUCACACUUCUGUCUCAGUGGGUGCAGUUGCAUUGGCUUUUAUUCCAGGUGUGGUUUCCACUGUGUAUGCACAGUUUCCUGGAUGAGUAAAAGGAUGUAUAGGACAUGUUCCUUAGAGUAUUCCUGUCCAUUUUUGGUGAUUUCAAGCCAAUAUGUUUAGAAAAUGUCUUUCUUUCUGAGCAUUUCUUUGUUCUUGCUGUGCUCUAGCCAGAACCAGUUUGGCAGCCCUAGGAGUCCAUGGUCAUUCACACCUUGAACUCAGGCAUGGAUGGUCUGAGGUGAACAAAGGCAACUCGUGAUGAGAUUAGCCUAUCAUCAAUGGGCCGUUGAUGUCAUCUUUCCUGUCCUCCACCUUUGGCAGUUCUGAUUACAAUAGUCAUUUAGUUGAGGGCAUUGAGGGGUCCUAUCAGACUCUUUUGUUUCAAUGAAAAGUGGGACAAAAUAAUGUCUGUUGUGAAGCUCUGGUUCCAUCACAUCUGUUGUUCACUACAUAGACCAACUGAACAUACUUCUGGCAAAUUAGUCCCCGAUCAUGAAUUUUCUACAUACUCAUUGACUUUAUCUGAUGUUACAUAAGACAGACAGUAGUCCAUAUUUGACCUAACGAACAUGUUUAUGGCCCAAAAGCUCUUGAUCUUGAACUUUCUAUACAUAUUCAUUGACUCCUUCUGAUUUUUGUUUUUCAGCCAUACAGAAGUCCAUGUUAGACCUACUUAAUUUUUUUUGGUCCCAAGACUCCUCAAUCAUGAAUUUUGUAUACAAAAUACUGAACAUAUUUCUGACAAAUUAGUCCUCAAUCAUGAACUUUAUACAAACUAAUUAACUCCUAAUGAUAAAAUCAGCCAUAGAGUAUUGCAUAUUUGACCUAAUUGUACAUAUUCUUGGCCAAAGAGUACUCGAAUUUGAACUUUUUAUAUUUACUUACUGACACCUUAUGUCACAUCAGCCAUAUAGAAGUGCAUGUUUGACCUACUGAACAUAUUCCUGACCCAUGAGUACUCGAUACUGAACUUUCUAUACAGACUCAUUGACUGCUCAUUGUCUGUUGUUACUUCAGCCAUAUGUCAACCGAUUUUUGACCUACUGAACAAAUUUCUGGCUAAUUAGUCCUCGAUGAUGAAAUUGCUGUACAGACUCAAUGACUCCAUUCUGACGUAAGAUAAGCAAGAAAUACAUAUCUGGCUGACUGAACAUAUUUCUGGCCAAAGUGUAUUCGAUAUUGACGUUUUUAUAUAUUACUCAAUGACUACUUCUGACGUUACAUCAGACAGACAGUAGUCCAUAUUUGACCUAAUGAACAUAUUACUGACCCAAGAGUACUCGAUCUGGAACUUUCUAUACAUACUCAUUGACUUUUGAUUUUAUUUCAGCCAUACAGAAGUACAUAUUAAAACUGAUUAUUUAAAAUUAUAUAAAAUAUAUAAUAACAUUAUAUAAAACUGAAAAUUUUUUUCUGUCCCAACAGUCCUUGAUCAUGAACUUGAUCAUACUUCUCCCAUACAGAAGUCAACAUUAUGUAACCUAGGUUACUAUAGCCCAUGUCAAACCUAUAAAAAAAGAGAAAUUUAAAAUGCACAUGUAAACAAUUUUUUUAAAUUUAUUUUAAAUUAAAACAAUUUUAAUUUAUGUUUAAAAAAUUAAAUAUUGUUGAAGAAAUGUAGAAAAUGUCACAAAUUGAAAAAAUAAUUAAACAAUUAGGAAUAGCUCCGCCCUUAGGGUGUUGCGUCAUCUCUAGCGCUGAGUAGAGGUGAACAGUCUCUCAUCACUAAUGGAUCAUACUGGAAACUCAACAAUUCAUUGUUGCUGUAUGAUGAGGUAAAAAGAGAUUGAUAUGCCAAUUUUGGGGUAAAGCCAACAAGGAGAAUUCUUUUUGUUCAAAUUGGGAACUUCUGAAAUUUGAGGUCUCUAGAUAUUUAAGAAAAUUUGGAAGUCGUUUAGCCAAAUACAAAAAAACUGAAGAAACCAACAUUGUUGAAAUUACAAAAUUAGCAAAUAAGUGUCCAGACAGUUUAUUAGAUGAAGAAAAAUUAUUAUUAUCAGAUCUGCAAAUUAAACUAGAUGAACUCUAUAGAAGGAAAGCUGAAGGUGCAUUUGUUCGAUCAAGGAGACGGUCGCUCGAAGAAGGCGAGCAAAAUUCACAAUACUUCUUUAAUUUAGAGAGGCACCAUAUUAAUAAUAACAUUAGUAAAUUAAAUGUGAAUGGGGUUGUAACAAAGGACCAUAAACUAAUUUCUAGUUAUUGCUGUGAAUUUUAUAAGAAAAUAUAUACCUCUAAUUACUCCCCAACUAUAUCUGAUGCUUUCUUGAGUUCUAUAGAGGUGAAAACUAUUGACAAAAACGAAAGUGAACUUUGUGAUAUGCCUAUUUCUGCUGAGGAAGUGAUCAAGGCGAUUAAUCAUCUGAAAAAUAAUAAAUCGCCAGGUACGGACGGUUUGACCGGAGAAUUUUAUAAGCUAUUGGCUGACGAUUUGGCCCCAUUUUAACUGUUUAAUGAAAGUAUUAAUAAUCAGUGCCUUCCUCCCACCUUAACUCAAGGGUUAAUCACACUAAUUCCCAAACCAAAAAAAGAUUUAUUUUUUCUUGAUAAUUAUGUCUAUUAUGAAUAGAGAAUUAGUUAUAAUGCAAUUAGCAGAUGAUGCCACCCUUUUUCUCCGAAAUGAAAACCAAAUCCCCAUUGCAAUUAAUGUUAUAGAAGAGUUUUCUAAAGCAUCUGGUGUCUACUUAAAUGUAAAGAAGUGUGAACUUAUGGCAGUUAAAGAAUGUUCCGUGGCAUCUUAUUGUAACAUUCCAGUCAAAACAGAAGUCAAAUACCUAGGAAUUAUAGUAAGUAAGAAUCAACAGAAGAGAAGUUUAUUAAAUUUUAAUCCUAUUAUUAAAAAUACUCAAAAGAAGUUAAACCAAUGGCUUUCAAGAGAUUUAUCAUUAAGAAGAAGAGUUUUGAUUUCCAAAGCAGAAGGUAUAUCUCGACUAACUUAUACAGCUAUGGCUCUUCACGUUGAUAAUAAAAUAUCAAAGGAGAUUGAUAAGAUGCUCUUUAAUUUUGUUUGGAGAAAUAGAAUACAUUAUAUAAGGAAAACUAUUUUAAUGAACUCAUAUGAAAAUGGUGGCCUCAACUUCCUAGACUUUACUACACUAAACAAUACAUUUAAAGUCAACUGGAUUAGACAACUUGUUAAAUAUCCAACCUCUAUUUGGAAUAUGAUUCCCUUUAAUGUUUUAUCCAGCCUGGGCGGCAUACAUUUCUUUCUUGCUUGUAACUUUGAUAUCAACAAAAUACCGGUGAAGCUUUCUGCAUUUCAUCGUCAAGCUUUUCUUGCAUGGAAUUUGAUUUUCAAACACAACUUCUCACCGCACCAUUACAUUAUUUGGAAUAAUAAGGACAUUUUAUAUAAACAAAAAUCUGUUUUCUUCGAAAAAUGGUUUCACAAUAAUAUUGUUUUAGUAGAUCAGCUAUUUAACUCUGAGGGCCUUCUUAUUACAUAUGAGGAAUUCAUAAAAAAAAAAAGAAUAUUCCCAUAACACCAAAGGAAUUUUCAACUGUUUUUGGUGCAGUUUCUUCUAAAAUAUGCAUGUUGUAUAAACAACAAAAAAGAGUUAAUUAUCAGCAACUUCCAUGCCUCUCACCAAAUCAUUGUUGGAAAUGUUGAUGGAAAUUUUAUUUUACAGUGGAAAGAUGUUCUUUUAGGCAUUAUUGUAAACUCCAAAGAUAAACAGACUUGCACUUAUUUUAUUAAUUUUUUUAUUUUAAUGGCCAAAUUUCAUAUCCAUGAAUGUAAAUUUUCAGGUAAAAAAAACAUAUUUUAUAGCAUUUAAAAAUGAAGUGAAAUAUUAUAUUGAGUCUAUAUUACUCUCGAAGAAACAAGCUAUUAGAAUUUUGCAAGCAUGUACACUUUUUAAUGUAUUCCUAUAAUUUUUCUAUUUUUUAUAUAUCCCUCCUAGCAUUUCAGAUUUUUGUAUUGUUGUUGUAACUGUAUGGAUUGUUUUUCUCUGUUCAAUAAAUUAAAAAAAAAAAAAAAAAACAGUCUCUCGUCACAGAGUGAAGCGAAAUGGCCGCUUGAGCGGUGAUGCAUGUCAAUCGCAGUUCUAAAGUCAAGAAAGAUUAAGUGAGAAGUUGAGCGGAUUCUUCUGAUGAAAACUGCAUAGAGCAGAUUUCCUUGAUACAUCGAGAUUAUUUCUGAUCGUUGUUGAUUUAUCCUUGGUAAGUGAGUUCAUAAAUCACCAUAUUUGGUUAUGAUUUGUGCAUUUUCCAGUCUUUUGUGAAGUCAAGUGUUCUUAAAUGAUACUGUGAUGUAUGUUUUUUGAGAAAAAUGUUGAGAAAUGAGUUCAUAUGUUAACUUAUCACCUAAAUUAGCUGUUGAUUUACUGUUUAAAAGUGUUUAUGUCCGUUUUCUAACUUUAUGAGUGUGACAUAGCUCACGUGGAGUUUUUGCUAACCAUGGGGCCCAUGUGCUAUGAGCUAAUCAAGUGCACAUAUGUCACUCUAAGACAUUAUUCAUCAUUAAUAUAGUUAUAUUUCUGUUAAGAAAUGUGAUAAAAGAAAGAAAUAAGUGUUGAAAUGUGUAUUGAUGCAUUUAAAGCAUUUAUUGGCUGAAAAUGAUCAUUUGAAAUGUUAAUGCUGUUAAAUGGGAAUUAAUUGUGAUAUUUCUGCCUUGUCUUUUGCAAGGUUGUUUUUUUUUUUUUUUCCUUUCUUCUCCCUUUUUCUCUAUCUUGUUGUUUCCGGUCCUUCUACAUCUCUUUGAAAUUGAACGAGGAGUUUCUUGGAGUUCUGAGUUAGAACUGUUCUGCCAUCAACGAGGAGUGCUCAACAUUGGUGGAAACUGGCGGGCCAACCUUUUUUUUUUCCCGAGCUUGGACAACAUUUCAUGUUUCUUUGAAGUGGUAGGAUCACACGUAUUCUGUGAACAAGAACUAUUUUCCUUUUUUUUUUCUCCCCCCUUUUUCAUUUUUUUUUCAUCUUGGAGUUGCAUAUCUGCGUUCUUUAACUGAACGCUGAAACAGGAGUACAAAGGACAUUGAACUGAGCUAAACUCCUGUUUAAUUUGCUUGAGUCAUUUCCAUCAAAGACAAGUAAUUGAAAGGAACUCUGAUUUGGUGUGUCAUCAGACAUUUUACAUCAGACAAUUGUCCCUAUUGCUGUUAUUUUUGUUUUUUCCACUUUUUAUUGAAAUUGUUUUGAAAAAAGAAAACGCAAAGGUUGAGUUACAUAAUUGUAAUUUGGGUUGAGUGUGAACUGGUUAUACCAUUUAUAAGGGGAAAAAGAAAAGGUUGUUUAAAGGUAUAUAGCUAACCAAACCAAGCUAGAAAUUAAACUGAGUAAAUUAGGAGUACUAAAGCUAAUUAAAGAAUAACAGACUAAUUAAAUAACUAAACAACUAUUAUAAUAUAAUAUAAAAUAAUGUAUAUAAAUAUUAUAUAAAUAACUACAGAAUUAAGUAACACACAAAGAGUCAUUAUAUGAGUUAAAAUAGCUUUAUUUUCAAGAGUUUAUCAAAAAGGGUUCUUUUGUGAAUUGUAUUGCUGUUGUUUUUUUUUUUUGUUUUUUUUUUGUCAUGUCAUUUUGGGGUUUUUCCUCUUGUUGGUUUUUUCCCCCAACGAAACAAAUUAAUACAAGAAAUACAAAAGAAAAAUACUUACUUUUUCAAUUAUAAUUCUGUCUCCUGUCAUUAUUUCCCUUGUCUUGCUGCAAUGCUGGCUCAAGAGCGAAUGUAGACUUCUGAUCUGGUCCAAGGUAUU